GCAACAAGCGCACAACAUAGAAAUCCGCAAAUGCGCUGGCGCAAAGCAAAACGAUAGUGACGGUGUUAGUGACUACUAGUAAAUGCGUAGAGAGUAGAGCAGCAGUGAAUGUGAAUAUACCCAUAUAUGUGUUACAAAAUACGCCUAUUGCAAAAUACAUACAAGUAUAUAUGUAUAUGUAUUGAAGGGAUGCAAGCAAGCGCUUACUAAAUAAGUCAAUGAGAUUGCCCAAUAUUAAAAGGCAAAUUGUGAAUGGUGAAUAAGUCAAUGAGCGUAGAAGUGAUCGCAUCAUCGCAUCAAUUUAACAACAACAAGCGCACACGCUUAAUAUGUGCACACACGUAACUACAAUCACAACACUGCACAAGUAACUUUGAAACAAAAACAAAACACCGACCACAAAAGCGUCAAUAAGGCAUUAAAAACUCUAACAAUAUUUUAAAGCCAAAAAACAAUGUUUGCAUAUAUGUAUAUAUGCAGAAUAUAAUCACUACACCUACAACAGUUGAAAUACAUAAUUGUGAAUAGUUAGUGCAAAAACAAAAACUAAAAUAAAACUAUGUUAUUUUAUCAGCGUAAAGCGUCGCUGAGCUGCUUCCCCUCUGUGGUCUUCGUCUUCCUCGCAACACUAUUGCAUUGGACACAGUUGACCGCUGGUCAGGGUAUUUACUCAAUAAUUGCGCCCAACACGUUGCGACCCAACUCACAAUACCAUGUAGCGGUGAGUGUACAUAAAUCGCCAGAACCAGUGAAAGUGAAAUUGGGUAUAAUAGGUAGCAGUUAUACCGAUUUUAAAUUCGCGGAAGUGCGACCAUAUUCCACGGAGUUGGUGUAUUUCGAGGUACCGGCACUAAAACGUGAUCGCUACAACUUAACGGCUGAGGGUCUCAGUGGCGCCAUAUUCACCAAUGAAACACAGCUUAACUUCGACACAAAACAGUUUACAGUAUUGGUGCAAACCGACAAAGCAAUUUAUCGGCCUGGUGAUUUGGUGCGUUAUCGUGUGCUCGUAUUGGACGCCAAUUUGAAGCCAGCACGAAAUACCGGGCGUGUGCAUAUAAUAAUACGGGAUGCUGGCGAUAACAUCAUACAAAAUUACAGAGAUGUGCGUUUAACAAAUGCCGUUUAUAGCAAUGAGCUACAAUUGUCCGACUAUCCGAAAAUGGGUGAGUGGUCGCUGAAUGUUGAGGUGAUGGACGAGUCACACCGUGGUACGUUCGAAGUGGUUGAAUAUAUAUUGCCGAAAUUCGUGGUGGAUAUAGAUACAGCGAAGCAUGCGAUCUACAAAGAUGGCAAAAUUCGCGCAAACGUCAAGGCAAAUUAUGCCUACGGUGAACCAAUUAAAGGUGAGGCUACACUCUCCAUUUACCCCACAUUCUUCGGUUCGUUGCAACCAUUCGUCAACGAUUUGAUUACGAGAAAAGUGGUGCCCAUUGACGGCAAUGCCUUCUUCGAAUUCGAUAUACGCGACGAGCUUAAACUGAAGGAGGAUUACGAACGCGAAUACUUGUUAGAUGCGUUAGUUGAAGAAAAGUCCACAGGUUCGGUGCAGAACUUCUCUACUGUGAUAACGGUGCAUUUAGAUGCAUACCGUGUUGAGACUGUACGAAUUCCUAGCUAUUAUAUACCGGGUGUGCCAUUUGAAGUAACGGCAAAGAUAGUCCGUAAUGAUGGUGCUCAACUCAAAGACUUUCCACCCGAGGCGACAGCAUAUCUAACUAAUGUCUAUGGUAGUAGUGAAAUGUACAAUAAAACUGUAUAUGGCAUCAAUACGGAUGGCGAAUUCAAAAUGAAAUUUACAGUGCCAGAUGGUGAUAAGGAUGAAUAUCAUUCCGUUAUUGUGAACUAUAUUGGCAUUAUCACGGACGUCGGGAAAAUACCACGUAAACACUUGCAUAGCAAAAAUUAUAUUAUUGCAAAAAUAUUGAAUGAUAAGCCCGUGAUAAACCAGGAAGUCGCUGUAGCUGUGCGUUCCAAUGAACCUAUGAAGUAUUUUGUAUAUCAAAUUGUAGGGCGGGGCGAUAUUAUAACAACUCAUGCUGUUCAGGUGGAUAAUAGCAACUAUCAUACUUUCAAAUUUUUGGCCACAUUCGCUAUGAUGCCGCGCGCCAAACUCCUCAUCUAUAUGGUGGUGAAUGGAGAGUUUAUUUAUGACGAGCAAGUGAUCGAGUUCGAGCACACUUUGAUAAAUAAUGUGCAAGUGGAAGCGCCGCUUAAAGCACCGCCAGGCCAAGACAUCGAUAUAACAAUCACAACGAAACCUUACUCGUAUGUCGGACUAAUGCUAGUUGAUCUAAAUGCGGCGAAUAUAAGAAAAGGCAACGACCUCAGCUAUGAGGGGCUAAUGGCAGCGUUAAAAACCUAUGAACUGCGCGAUGUCAAUACUCAAAGCGGAUCGCCUGGCAAAGAAUCGGGUGUUAUAACAAUGUCGAACGCUGAUUUCAUAAUCGAAAAGGAACCGGAAACUACACCGAAUUUGCUGCAUGACUAUGACGAUGACGACAAUAAGUUGACAACAAUACGAAAGACGGAUAUAGGACCAGCACAUCACAUCGAAGUGAACACUUUGGCGCCGGGGAAGGGUCGUUACGCUUUCUCCUAUACGCCCAAACCCUAUUGGCAUAAUCCGCGCAUAUAUUUGAUGCAUGAACCGGCUGACACUUGGCUCUUCCUAAACAUGUCGGCGGGUAAUGAGGGACGUACGACCUUACAUCGUCGCAUACCUAGUUCCAUGACUUCAUGGGUGCUGUCCGCGUUUUCACUAGAUCCAAUAACCGGUUUGGGUUUGACGAAGUCAGCGAAAACACUGCAGUCAUAUAAGGAAUUCUAUAUUACGACCGAAGUGCCAUAUUCGAUUAGAAAGGGAGAGACCAUCGCUUUGCCUUUCGUUGUCACCAACAAUAAGAACAGCGAUUUGGAUGUGGAAGUCACGUUUUACAAUACCGCACAGGACUUCGAAUUCCCACCACUCGAUAGUAACGGCGAUCCCACACCAAAGAUCGAACUGUAUAGAAGUCGUAAAGUACGUGUGCUAGCUCAAUCUGUGAAACCUGUCGCUUUUAUUGUGAAACCCAAACGUGUCGGCGCCAUUAAUGUUAAGGCUGUGGCCAACGCUCAGCUGGCUGCCGACACGAUCGAAACGACACUACUUGUCGAAUAUCCAGGCGCUACGGAAACGGUGAAUCAUGGCUUCCUCUUUGAGCUCAGCUCAAGUCCACAAACCAAAACGAACAUCACCGUCAAGGUGCCACGAAAUGCAAUUGCCGACUCAACCAAAAUACAAGUGACUGCCGUCGGUGAUGUUAUAGGUAGUUUGCUGGGAAAUAUAGAGCAUUUAAUAACGCUGCCUACGGGCUGCGGUGAACAGACCAUGGUGCACUUUAUGCCCAACUUGUUGGUGCUACGUUAUCUGCAGCGCAUCAGCCAACUGUCACCGGCUAUUGAGCAGCGUAUCAAACACAAUAUGGAAGUGGGCUAUCAACACUUACUCUACUACCGACAUAUGAACGGUGCUUUCAGCGCUUUUGGCAUAGAGCAAACGCGGGGCUCUACGUGGCUAACCGCUUAUGUGGCACGUGCGUUGCGACAAGCAGCACCGCAUAUUUACGUGGAUGAGGCGAUUGUGAGGAGUGCUUUGGAAUAUUUAGUUGGCACACAAAAUGUUAACGGCGGCUUUGAAGAGAGGGGAGAUGUAUUCGAGGAUUUCGGUGAUGAUGGUUUGAGCUUAACGGCAUUUGUAACGUUGGCCUUUAUGGAGAACGUGAAAUCCUAUCCUGAAUACACGAAUAUCCUCAACAAGGCUUUAGACUACCUAACUCGUGGCCUGGAUAAUUCUAACGAUUUGCAUGCGACAGCCAUUGGCACUUACGUGCUAUCCCGCGCCAAUCACAACACAAAAAGCGCUUUUCUGCAACGGCUCGAUGCAAUGGCCGUCAAUGAAGAUGGCAAAAAGUGGUGGAAUAAGACAGCGCCAACCGCCGAAGGGCCAUCGCCAUGGUACAAUCGCACACGUUCGGUCAACAUUGAGAUCUCAUCAUAUGCGGCGCUCGCGUUGCUCGAAAACAAUCUGAUCGGCGACGCUUUGCCAGUGCUCAAGUGGCUGGCGGAUCAGCGUAAUGUUUUCGGUGGUUUUGUCUCUUCGCAGGAUACUGUGGUUGGCAUACAAGCGCUGAUGUCCUUUGCCGAACGCUUUUCGAGCCAAGCAAAUAAUGUGCAGAUCAAUGUGCAAUAUGGACAGGGCGCCGAGACUACGCUUAAUGUGAAUGCACAGAAUUCGCUGGCGCUGCAAAGCUACGAGCUACCCAAUACCAUAAAGAAUGUAACCAUAUCGGCUACAGGGCGUGGCAUGGCGUUCGCACAACUCAGUUACACUUACAAUACGAAUGUGACGAGCGCAUGGCCGAGGUUUGUGUUAGAUCCGACAGUGAAUCGCAACUCACAUUCGGAUUAUUUGCAUUUGUCGGCUUGUGCUAGUUUUGUGUCCGUCGAGGGUGAUGCUAGUCACUCUAAUAUGGCUCUAAUGGAAAUAUAUUUACCCAGUGGCUUUGUGGUCGACACUGAAACACUGCCUACCCUGGAAUCCAGCGAAAGAAUUAAGCGUGUGGAGACGCAACGCCGCAAUACAGUCGUCGUAAUUUACUUCGACUAUUUGGACAGACGGGAGGUUUGUCCAACUUUGCAUGCUUACAAAACUGUAAAAGUGACUGGCCAUCAGCUGGUGCCAGUGGUCAUGUACGACUACUAUGAUAAUGCUCGUCGGGCGCGUCAAUUCUACCGUGCGCCAAAAUCCGUUGUUUGCGAUAUAUGCGAGCACGCCAACUGCGGCACGCUCUGCGAGAAAGCGGAGAAGCGCGCAUCUCGUCCCAUCGGUGGUGGCAGUGAUGGCGAUGUGGAAAGCAGAUCUGGCAAUGCGGCGGUGCGCAGCAUAGCCUCGGCGCUCUUGCUGCUAACGCUGGCAGUGUUUGCAGCGAAUUUGACAUAACUAUUUAAUUUAGUUUGCAAUAUAUACUAAUUUUACAAAACAAAAACGAAAAAAAUACAAAAACAAAGCUUUAACAAUUACAACGUAACAACAAGUGAUACUAAACAGUGUGCGGUGCUGUUCAUAGAAGCACAUUUGCAAACAUUUUACAAAACAUUUGGGAGUCAUAUAAGGUAUGCAUGUUAAGAAUGUUGUUAAAAAUUUAUUUUGACAGUUUACUAUAUAUAUAAAUAAAAUGUAAAUGAAAUAUGUUCAUUAUUACAUUUGAAAAUCGAAUAUGCAAACGUAAUGUAUGUAUGUUUAUAUACUAUUAAAAUGUUAACUAAAUAUGUACUUAGUAAUAUAAGUGCCGAACUACUAUUGUAAAAAAAAAACAAAUUUCUAACAUCGAAAAUUUCCCACAACUUUCCCUAACUCCGUUCUUUCUCUACGAAAAGAAAUAAAUAUUUCUAAUAAUACUAAA